AUUCCUAUGUCUAAUACCCUCACAUCACAUAUAACACUAAUACAACAUUUCACUUUCCAAGUUCCAAAAGACCAAAGCCAAAUGAACAAUUUCAACACCACUCUUGAGUCCGAUGAUUUUGCUCUUCUAGAAUCCAUUCAACGUUACCUCCUCGACGACAACGAAGACUUCAACUCUAUAACGGAGGUUUUGGCAACACCUAAUAAUAACGUCAAUGCCGUUAACUCUCCAUUAUCUUCGUUGGGGCAUGCAACAACGGCUGCUACAGAGGGGCGUGGGGCUUCGUCUGCAGAGGCGCGUGGUGGCCACGUGCGUAACCAAAAUUACAAAGGAGUGAGACGCAGGCCUUGGGGCAAGUUUGCGGCUGAGAUAAGGGACCCAAGUAGGAACGGCGCGAGAGUGUGGCUUGGGACUUACAAUUCGGCUGAGGAUGCAGCUUUGGCUUACGAUCGAGCCGCUUUUGAAAUGCGUGGCUCGAAAGCUAAGCUCAAUUUUCCUCAUUUAAUUGGGUGCAGUGAUGCUGAGCCGAGCCGAAGAAGUAAUGGCUAAGCUGGAUUUGAUGGAGCCAAAAAUGAAGACGAGCUGAGCCACUACAGUGGAAUAUAGAGUCCAUGUCUUCAUGAUGUUUUAUGAUGCUAUAAGCAAUCAUUUUAUUGGUCAUUGGUUGAUUUGUUUUAAGGAAUGUUAUAUCUCUUGUAAAUUAUAUUAUAAAUUAUUCUAAUAUUUCAUAAAGAAAGUAUUAAUGAAAAAAAAUGUAAAA